UAACAAUUCAUCCCACUGGAGCGACGUCCAGGGAGUUCAACCUUAAACUACUGUAAGAGACCAGGAAACAGGGCAUAAAACGAUAGAAGCACACACCUGGAAGGAGGAGAGAGGAGAAACAGAUAUUGCUGUCUGAAUCUCACUGUGAGGGAGAGAGGAAGGGAAGUAAAAGUAAAACGAGUGCAGGGAAGGGAAGGUCAGUUCAUCAUGGCCGCCUUGAAGGAGAAGAGGAAUUGUGGGCAGCGAUGUGAAGACUUUGGCCGUUUUGUCUGGAACUCCGACGAAGGGAAGUUACUGGGCAGAACGCCAGAGAAAUGGGUGUACAUCAGUCUGUAUUAUGUGGCCUUCUACGUGGUGAUGACGUCCCUCUUUUGCCUGGCCAUCUGGACGCUCAUGUACACGUUGGAUCCGUAUGCGCCGGACUACCAAGACCGGUUAAAGUCUCCGGGGGUCAUGGUGUGGCCGGACACUUACGGGGAGGAGAUUGUUGAAAUCUCCUACAACACAUCAGACAAGUCCAGCUGGAUGAAGAUGACCAACAUCCUUAAUGAGUUCCUGGAGCCGUACAAUGACACCAAGCAGCUUGAAUGUAACAAACAUAACUGCACCAGGGGAAAGUACUUCAUCCAGGACACCUUCUCUGCCCCUAACCACACCAAGUGGGCGUGCCCCUUCACGCAAAGCAUGCUGGGAGCCUGUUCAGGACACGAGGACCCGACCUUUGGUUACAACUGCACCAUGCCUUGCGUCAUCAUUAAGAUGAACAGGAUUAUCAGCUUUUUGCCCUCUAAUAACACUGAGCAUCCGGCUUAUGUCAACUGCACUGUAUUGGAAGGACAACACAAUGUGGACAAAAUUGAGUAUUUCCCUGAGGGUGGAAGUAUGGACUUAUCUUACUUUCCUUACUACGGAAGACUGGCACAGCCCACUUACAUCAACCCGCUGGUGGCGGUUCGGUUCAGCCUGGUCAAUGGGAAGAAAGCGAAGAUCCAGUGCAGAGUGGUCUCCAAAAUCAUCAGCUACGAAAACUACCACGACCCCUACGAGGGAAAAGUCAUCUUCCAACUGGAAGCGGUGAAAUGAGAAGAUCCUUUAGUCGCGUGACAACGAACCUUUCAGCAUCAGAGAUGGAGAGGGUGUCUACAGAUCAGUGGGCACUGUGAUUUAACAACCUUUAAACAAAAUUACUCAAUAUUUUAGGCCCACUUGUAAAUGUCUGUGUCAUGUUUUUGGUUUGAUUCAUGAACUUCGUCAUCUGAUUUUUUUACCCAAGACAAAAAAAAGAAACCUUUAAAUCUAUGUUAUGUUUGUAUAAUUAUGAUGUAACCUGUCGCACAGUAACAGACUGCAGCAUCUGUCUUUAUGUGUCUCUCUCCUCUCUUCAUACUCAAGAAAGUAAUAAAAUCUGAUGACAUAAAAGAGAAACAACAUGAUUGUUGAGGUGAACUUGUUACUAAAUGCAAACUAAAAACUUG